GGCGAGGCGUGCCGACUCGAGCCGAGCUCCACAGAGAAUGGUGAAAUGGAGGUGGCUGUGUACGCGGUGCAGGAGAUGUUGCUACUACUGCGUCCUCUGCACGGUCUCGGUGGCCGUCCUGCUGGUAGUCACGGGUUCCCUGGGAGUCAACAAGAUGAUCCUGUUUCGAGCAGGGCUAGUGCACGGCGACGAAAUGGCUGCAGAUAUACCCUUAGAGACUCAAGGAAAGUUGCAUUUCUCGCAAGAUGAGAGCCGACAAGAAAUUCCAGCUCCAGGCAAACACGUCCCUCACUCUAGUAGCUCCUCCGACUCCCCUUCCCUCCCCUCCCAGCCAGCCGUGGACCGCCACCUCAACUGCUCCCCACACUCACACGUCAAGAUCUUGCUCUUCAUUCGCCUCCCAAAGUGUGCCAGCACUUCGUUCGUGGACCUUCUUCAGAAACUCUCAAAACAAUUAAACUUUUACCUGGAGUUUAACCCCAGUGGCGCAUAUAACUGGAACAAAGACGAAACAAUCAGUGUUGCGCAACAAAUCUCCAUAGCAGGUUACUCAAGAGAAAUCUUGUCUACGCCCGUCACUUUUAUUUCGUCGAUUUUGCGAAAUACGACAUUGAAAACUUUACUUACGUGACGAUUAUGCGUGACCCGAUCGAUAGGGUCGUAUCGUCAUAUCUCUACUACCAUUUCAGCUCAAAGAAGCAUAUUCAGGAUAUUCUGAACGAACAGAACAAGGAAGAAUCACUGUCAACUUGUGUCCAAAAGGAACACGAUGGGCUGCACGCACAACUUGGUGACAAAGUACUUUUGUGGUCACGACUACCGGUGUAAAAACGGCGACACACGGGCUCUCGAAACGGCAAAGAAAAACCUCGUGAGUAAUUUCAGUCGUCGGCAUUGUGGAAGAAAUGGAGUUGAGUAUAAAGUUGAUGAGACGUGUCCUCCCGCAGUAUUUCGAGACCGGUAACACCGAUGUUUUAACUCUUUCGGCACUGAAUAAAAACGAGAGAAGGCCGAGUCUGAGCGAGGAGGAGAGACGGGAAAUAGCCAGCGCUAAUUCAGCUGAUGUCGAGUUGUACGAUUUCGCAGUUCAGUUGCUGCGUGACCAAGCUUCAAACUGUGGCCUCGGACCCUAGCACAACACCUGCUACUGUUUCAGAUUCAUUCCAUGUCAUAGGUAUCAAAUGAAACUCCUCACACACUGUUUUAUGUCAGACUCACCAAAAUAGCGCAUCAUUAUUUUUAUGUGAGGUGCUUCUUUUUGUGGUUACCAUUUUUAUAUUUU